UGUUUCUUUUGGUCAUGCUCGUUGACCAGCUUGGUCAGGUUGAUCAUGCUCUUAACCACCUAAACCAUUAAAUUCAAAUAAAAAAUAUACCCUAUACAGGUCAGGUCAAAGUCUGAGAUGGUCAACCAUAUGAUGUAGGGUCUAGGCUGUGUCAGUGCUGAAGCUGCUUUAGUGCUGUGUGUGUGUGUGUGUGUAGGUGAGGAGGGGUGAUGUGUGGUAAAGACACUCCCCUCAGUGGUUCUUCACCAGCCUGUGCUACAUGACACUGGAGCCAAUCAGAGCGCUCCUGGCUUUAAAGGGCUAUUAAGAGGCAGCAAAGCCUCCUCCAGUCUGCCUCACUCCCCUCACACAGUGCACCAUGACAUUUGGGAUGCAGUUUGCCUAAAGGUGGAUGUUAAUCUUUGCUCUUUUCACAUGAGAAUGGAGUGAUCGUAGAGUACAGCCAGUGAGUGCACUUGUUGCUCUGCCUCCUCCUCCUCCUCCUCCUCCUCUUCCUCCUCCUUUUUCUCCUCCUCGGCUGGCUGACUGUCUGAGACUCAUCCAGGGAAGCAGGCUCUCCAUCAGGCACUGCAUUUAUUGAUUCCACAGCCAAGGUAUCCCACCACAAAAUCCCUCCAUAGCUAUUCAGACAAGACACGUCUCCUUUCAAGAUGCCAGUUCUGACGAGCCCAGAGAUCGCCAACAUGUUCAAGGAGAAAUGGAUGCUGCUUCACCCAGAGGACCGCGAGAACGUAAGUGGUUCUGUAAGCUUGGACGACAGCCUCACCAGCCUGCACUGGCUCCAGAACUUCUCCAUUCUCAGUGCCAACCCGGAGAGGUCGCCCAGCUUCGGCUGCCACCCGCAGCACUUCCCUCAGCCCAAGAACCUUUCAGGAGGUUCUGACUCGCCAUCCAGCCCACCUGCCGGGGACACGGCGGCCAUGGGCAUGGCCCAGCCUCCGGGGAACCCCACCCCAGCCUGCGGAACCUAUGGCCAUCCACAGGCCGGACUCUACGGCCACAGUGAGGAGGUCGACUACAAAACGAACCCUCACGUCAAGCCCCCAUAUUCAUACGCCACCCUCAUCUGCAUGGCCAUGCAGGCCAGCAAAAAGACCAAAAUCACCCUGUCUGCCAUCUACAGCUGGAUCACCGAGAACUACUGCUACUACAGACAUGCAGAGCCCAGCUGGCAGAAUUCAAUUCGCCAUAACCUGUCCCUGAACAAGUGCUUCAUGAAGGUGCCCAGGCAGAAGGACGAGCCGGGAAAAGGGGGCUUUUGGCAGAUCGACCCCCAAUACGCUGAUAUGUUCGUCAAUGGCGUGUUCAAGCGGAGAAGGAUGCCUGCCACGAACUUCAGCACCCAGAGACAGAGUCGUCUGCUGUCCUCUUGCUCCUCCUACAGCCCUCAGCACAACCAGUCAACGACACUGGGCCACUUCCAGGAACCUGCGACGGGGAGCAAACGCAAGCAGGCACUCCCCAAGCGAGGCGCCAAGCUGGGGAGGAUGUCCCAGUCGCCGCUGCUGGCCAGUGAAAUCAAAAGCUCGGACAUCCUCCGGGGGGACUUCGACCUGGCCUCUGUGUUUGACGACGUCCUUAGCGGAAACGGAAGCACCUUCGAAGACCUGGACAUCAACACGGCUCUGAGCUCUCUGGGCUGUGAGAUGGAGGUGUCCUCUCAGAACCAGCACGUGUCCAGCCACGUGCCUAAGUGGUACAGCAGCGAGGACGAGCAGGCCUGCGCUUACUUGGAGAUGAACACCAUGAUGGGGUGCAGCAUGGAGGACUUUCAACAUCAGCAGCAGCAGCAUCAGCAGCAGAUGCAGGCUCAUCCGCACUGUUACGAAGGAAUGGCACUGUUUUCAGAUAUCCCUCAGCAUCAGCAGCAGCAGCAGCACCCCUGGGAGAUUAAAGAGGAAGCUCAGGCCAUCCCGCUGUCUCUGGACCAGGGCUACGGCCUGUGUGAAGGAUUCUUCUCUGAAAUGCCUCUGUGGGAGAGGGCGGAGUCUUUUCUCUGAGCGUCCCUGAGCUCGUCCCUCACACGCUGCUGGUCUCAAGACCUGUUGACUUUUGUUUUGCUACAUUAGCAUAAUGAAAUGGUACAACAUGUGGAAAAUGAAAUACUAUGUAAUUAUUCUUCUUUUUAUUAUUACUACUUUUGCAUUUGUUUCCUGAGGAAUCUAUGCUGAACACUGAUGAUCGUCAAUGUUCCUUUUUUUUUUUUUAAAGACUUAAUUGAUUCAUGGUUGGAGGGUUUCAGUUUGUUUUAAGAUGCAGAUGACUAUUGUGGGACAUAUUCUAUUCAUAAGUAGUGGCAAAAAAAAACAAUUUUUGUGUAGAGCUAAACCUAUAUUCCUUUUAGUUCGCUGAAUAUUUUAGACUAUGUUAUAAUAUCAACAUGUGAUGCUUCUUAAAUCUUUACAAAAUCAUCUAUCAGAAGGUAAAUUAAGGGGGAUGCAACAAGCCAAAGUGCUUUGCAGAAAUAUUUUCAGAGAGAAACCCAGCACAAGCACUUUGAGGCACUGUCUUAAGUUUGGUUCCUCUAUUUUCAGCCUUAUAAUUUAUUUGAUAAAAUGUGAGAAAUAUGUCUUAUUUCUUUCCUCUCUUUUUUACACAGUUGUCCUGUUUGUUUGUUUUUUUGUUGUUUUUUAACUGUUAAGCUGUUUAAAUGCCAUGGUUUGUUUUUAUUUCCUGAUGAAUUGUGAGAGGCAAUACCAUAUUCAUGGCGAGGACUGUUUUAGAAGUGUAUUUGUAUCGACUUCUUUUGAAGAAUGAAUUAUUCUAACAUGCAACUUAAAUCAAAUUAUAUUCUGUACUUGAAUAAAGGUUUGACCAUCUCUGAAA